AUGGCUCGUCUGCUGAGUAUCUUCGCAACCAUCGCCGGUGUCAUGAGCAUCCAGGCUGAUCCUUUUGCUGAUGAUCUAGUUGCAAACUUCACGGCUCUCCUUGGUAAUCCGGAUGUCCACAAGUUUAUAGACAAAGCUCUGAUGGAUACUCCUGCACCGCCCAACCCCAAUAGAAGUGAGCUGGGGGAGGUUCACGUACACGGAGACCUUGCAAACGGGAGGAGGCGCUACGAGUACUGUUCUAAAUGCAAGGGCUCUUACAGUAAGGCCAUCGUGGAGGAUUUCGUGGAACAGAUCUCCUUAAUCUGCGGGCGGUUUGAGAAACAUGACUCCGUAUCCACCGACGACUUCUGUGCUCGCCUCAGGGAAAGAAGGGCCUCGCUCGAUGAGUUCUUAAGGGGUUACAUCUUCGUGCGAUCCCGUGCUCUUCAACUCGCGACCUCUGAAUGCAUCGGCGCUGAUAAGUGUCCAACCCAUGACGCCUACAACGCUUUCUUGAAUCCUAUCGUCCCCGGACGACUCGUCGACUUCAUCAGAUUCUCCUACUGCCCACAUAGACCUUUUCACACAGUUAGCUCUUGUUUCGAAAGGGUAUCGGAGAUAUUGCAGGACUUCGCCUUCCGCAGGGUGAUGGAUGAAUGUGAUCACGGUGGAAAUGAUGAUCUAGAAGAGUUCUGCUCGUAUGUUACAACUCGUAGUCACUUCGGCCGAGGUCUGGUUUUCGGGUUUGUGGGUGUCUACGAGCUAGCCACUGGUUAUUGUGUCGCGGACCACAACCAAUCCCAGUAG